AUGGUGACGAUAAACGCGGAUCUGCGGCGCGAGCGUGAGAGAUGCAGCUUCGAUCCCGCGGAGCUCACGAGUUUGUGGGACGGCGAUUCGGAGAAAACGUUGCAUCGGCACGAGCUAGAAAACUUCUUCCUCAGCAAUCCGCUGUUGCACGACAGAAUUCCUGCGAAAUACAAGAGUCAUAAGGAGAUUUACGAAGAUGCAAUAAUGAAAGGAUGCCGAGUAAUGCAGAAGGUGCAACAGUUAAACGACUCGGGGAAAGGCAGCAUGGAAGUUUUUUCACAAAUUUUAGGAGGUAUGCUAGGCUCAGCGAUAUUGAAGGACGGCAAUCCAUUGACGCUGCAUUAUGUGAUGUUCAUUCCGACUAUUAUGGGACAGGGCACUGUCGAACAGCAAGGCUAUUGGAUAUCCAAGGCUUGGAGCUGCAGUAUUAUUGGUACUUAUGCCCAAACGGAACUUGGACAUGGCACAUUUAUCAGAGGCUUAGAAACUACAGCGACCUACGAUCCUGAGACCAAAGAAUUUGUAUUACAUAGUCCAACUUUGACAUCGUAUAAAUGGUGGCCUGGUGGUUUGGGCCACACGGCGAAUUACGCAAUUGUCGUUGCGCAAUUAUAUACGCAAGGAGAGUGUAGAGGUGUUCAUCCUUUUAUUGUGCAACUCAGGGAUGAAAACACUCAUGAACCUCUAUCAGGUAUAAAAAUCGGUGAAAUCGGUACUAAGUUGGGAAUGAAUGCAACUAAUAAUGGCUUUCUCGGUUUCGAUAAUGUUAGAAUACCGCGCGAGCAUAUGCUGAUGAAAAACUCUCAGGUAUUAGAGGACGGAACUUACGUAAAAGCGUCUAGUGAUAAACUCACUUAUGGUACUAUGAUGUUUGUACGAGUGGUAUUAGUACGUGAUAUCUCUAAUUAUCUGUCAAAGGCGGUAACGAUAGCUAUUAGAUACAGUGCAGUAAGACGACAAAGUCAGAUAAAACCCGAUGAACCGGAAUCGCAAAUUAUAAAUUAUGUUACACAACAAUAUAAAUUGUUUCCUAAUCUUGCUGCAUGUUUUGCAUUUCGAAUGUGCGCCGACUGGAUUUGGGAGAUGUAUAAUAAUGUAACAGCUGAAUUAGAUCAGGGAGAGCUGGAAAGACUACCUGAGCUGCAUGCGCUGGCUUGUUGUCUAAAGGCAGUUGCAUCGUCAGAUGGUGCUACUGGCAUCGAGCAAUUACGAUUGGCAUGCGGUGGGCAUGGUUAUAUGGAUGCGAGCAAUUUGCCGGCGACUUAUGGUUUAGUGACUGCUAUUUGCACUUAUGAAGGCGAAAAUACGGUCCUGCUAUUACAAACGGCUAGAUAUCUAGUGAAAGCUUGGAGACAGGCUGUCAGCCGCCAACCGCUGCCACCGACUGUCGGAUAUCUAGCUGUUCUUUUACGCGGAGUAAAACAGCGUCCUUGGAAAAAUACUUUAUCGUGUAUUGUGCAAGCGCAUCAAGCGGUUGCUGCAGGCAAAAUUCGCUUGGCGACGGAAAACAUGGAUCGCAGAAUACGCAAUGGCGUGUCAUCAGAAGACGCGUGGAACCAAACCAGCAUUGAAUUAGCACAUUGUGCCGAAUCUCAUUGUCGAGCUUUCUUAGUAGAGAGAUUCAUCGAGAAUGUUAAAGGAUUGACGUCCGUAUCUAAGCAGCUUAGCGAUGUUUUAAUGCAACUUUGUGAAUUGUAUUCGAUAUAUUGGGUUUUGCAACGACUUGGAGAUUUUUUGCGCUUUUCCUGUUUAAAGAACGAAGACAUUCCGGCACUCCAAGCGCGCUUCGAAGAGAUGCUCGCUGCAAUCCGUUCAAAUGCUGUAGGUAUCGUCGACGGAUUCGAUAUUCGUGAUGAGAUUCUUGCAUCCGCGCUUGGCGCAUACGAUGGCAAUGUGUAUCAGCGUCUCUUUGACGAGGCGAUGAAAAGCCCCUUAAAUCAGGAAAAUGUUAAUCAAUCCUUCCAUAAAUACCUCAAGCCUUUCCUUAAAAGCAAUUUAUAGUCUUAUUGUGUUUAUCACAAAAUAGUCAACCAACUAUUGUAAUAGAUAAAACCAAUAUAAAAAUUCAUUCGCAUGAUAAUAUCUGUAAAACAAACCAAAAUGCGAAAUUAAUUCAUAUAUUAUAAUUUCUAAUACGAAGCGCAUUAGUCGCUUAGUCGGUUAUUAUAAUUGCAAAUGCUACAGUAUAGUAUUUGUAAUGAUAAUUUUAAGGCUCCAUUCUAAAAGCAGUUAGAUUUACAAUGUCAUAUAUUACGAUAAAAUCUUAAGAAUAUUUGUCUUGCAAUAUAAAUCAAAAUAAAUUAGUUAUUAUCAUAUACUUUUGUUACUAUACACAUUCAGUGAUAUGAAAUGAUAUAAAAUAUAUGAAAAAUUUUCUUUUCUCAGCUCGUAAAGUAAAAAUAGCUAUAAAUUAUUACGAGAUGUAUUUUUGCUGGGAAUGUAAAAUUACGUUAAAUUACAUAUUUAUUAAUGUUAUAUGUAUAUUCUAAAAAAAGAGAGUGCUUUCGGGAUGUAAUUCAUAUUAUCGAAUAUAAGUAACAGCAUACAAAAAAACUGAUUUACUUUUAUAUAUAUUGCAAGAAAAAAA